AUGGAUAGACGGCGAGUCGCACAAGAAGCUGAAAUUAUCAAUAAUCUUCUUGAUGGAUACAAUCCUGAGGUUCGACCUAGUGGCAGUGUGCUCUACGAAGGUUAUCAUCGACCCGUUGUCGUCACUGUUAAUAUGUAUAUCAGAAGCAUCAGAAAAGUGGAUGAUGCAGAAAUGCAGUACGAUGUAGACGUGACCCUGAGACAGAAAUGGAGAGAUGAUCGUUUGUCGUACGCAAAGGAGGGACCUGAUAGUAUCACGUUGAAGGACCCUCAUAAAAUAUGGACGCCGGAUUCAUUUUUUGCGAAUGAAUAUGAAGGUCAAAGACACAUGCUUGAUCAACCGAAUACACUCGUUCGGAUUUCACGCGACGGCUCUGUUUUCUACAGCACACGACUGUCUCUCGCUCUGACGUGUGCGAUGGAUUUCGCGGUUUUGUUUUUAAAUUUGAAAAACAUUGAUUCCACUGUUGAUUUCUGGAAUAAGUGA